UUUCGGAGAAGAUGUUCCACGAUGCGGCCAAACAAAACGACACGGCGUCCAUGAUCAAGCUGAUCAAGAGAGGGGUGGAUGUCAAAGCAAAGAAUAACAUAGACAGGACCGCUCUUCACUGGGCUGCAGGAGCUGGCCAUGAACAGGCAGUCCGCCUUCUCCUGGAACACGAAGCCUCCGUGAAUGGUGAAGACAGUUUUGGGAUGAGUGCACUUCUUCUGUCGUCUUGGUUUGGUCAUUUACGUGUCCUUCAGGUCCUGGUCAAUGCUGGUGCUAAAGUCAACUGUGUAAAUAAGAAUGGCCACAACCUCCUACACUGUGCUGCCCAAAGGGGUCAUCUCAAGGUGAUGAAGUUCAUCGUGGAAGAUCUGGAAGAUGUGCGGCUGGAAAAGAAAGAUAAG